CCUUCACGGUGCGCCCCUCGGUUCCCACUUAUGUGCUCACCAUCUGGGUGACGGGGGCGGGGGGCGCGGUUGGAAGCCGUUAGUGGCCCGAGGAGGAGCUGCGCUGCUCCUAGGCUGAGGACGCUGACCUGUCAGUCCCUGGCCGGGUUUUUGACAGGAACACCUUUUUCCAAACUGAAGCUCAGGCACGCAGGUGCCCUACUCUCCCUAGAUUUUUUGUUCUCCUUGGUACCUUGAACACCAUUCCCAGGUGCCCAGUGCCCGCCCCCAAAAGUAUCCCGUUCCCUCAAGGUAUCCUUUUCCCAGCACCCAGUGCCUUUCUUACUCCGUCACCUGCCCUGCUUGCCACCACCACCCCCCCAUCCUCCCCAGGGUUCCUUUUAGUAGUCAGAGACAGUCUUUGGUGAUGUCUUUAACUCGUUUGUGUUAUUGCACAAAAUUUCACAGGGACACAAAUAGCGCAUGUGACCUGAUCUAAGACCAUGGUGGAUGUGGGUAGCGUGAACACAGACUCACCACCAAGUCCUGGCAGUACCAAGGGCAUCCCUUGACACUUGAGAGUGGUAUCAGGGGAGGGAAGCUUAACCUUACUCACCGGGACUGACCUCAAGGCUCUUGAUGUGCUCCCAGGGGGCGUUACAGGCUGGAGGGAUAAUGAGGAUAACUUCUGAGAGACAGGCCCAGCAUGUUUAGGGAGCAUCCUGAUUACUAGGAUUGAUUUUUAAGGGCUGAUGACAUAAGGUGGCCAUAUAGCCUAGAGUGGCCUCCAGAUUCCUAGUUUAAACAUUGGAAACUGAGGUCAGGUUUUGGUUGCCCCUUCAGCCAUUGGAUAUUGGCAGAUGCACAUUCCUGAAGUCUGCACACUGAGGGUAGGAAGUACUGUUGGCUCACAUGCAGAGCAGGCAGGACCUGCAGCCUUCUGGGCACUUAACCAGCCUCCCCUUGAUACUAGUACUGCUUCUGCCACACUUACCCUCCUCCCCCCAGCCACCCCAUGUCAUGUGAUUUUAUUGUAUUGCCUUGAACUCCUAGGCUUAAAUCUUCCUGUCCCAACCUCCUGAGAGGCUAAGACUACAAGUUUACACCACCUCACCCUUUCCUGGAACCGUCAUUUCUCUGGAGUCUUUUGAUCCCAGCUUCUUUUUUGUUUGUUUGUUUGGUUGGUUGUUUUGUUGUUGUUUUUGAGAUAGGGUUUCUCUGUGUAGCCCUGGCUGGCAUGGAACUCACUCUGUAGACCAAUCUGACCUUAAACUCUGAGAUCUGCCUGCCUCUGCCUCCUGAGCGUUGGAAUUAAAGGUGUGCGCCACCACUGCCUGGCUGAUCCCAGCUACUUGAGUUGGGAUUUGAGUUGGGUUUAUUUGAGGUCAAUUUCUUGAGUUGGAGCCUAACCCUGGAACUUAGGAGGCAGUGAGCCCUGAUUUGUGAGCUGUUGAGAAGGGCCGGCCUGGUGCAGGAAUGUUGGCUGAGAGUGGGCCCCAUUACUAGGUCUUGUUCUUAGCUGCUCAGACAGGUAAAGGUCAAUGGAACCAGGAGACUUGGGGUGUAGCUGCUCUGGGACACCUGGAAAGCAAGUUCUCUGGAGCUCUGUGCCUGAAGGAAGACAUGCCCUGACCCCUGGAAAGCCUGUGUUCCUAGACUGACUUGAAGCAGUCUGCUUUGUUAGGAGACUGGGCGUCCAGCUGCAGGUGGCAGGCACACUGGGAGUUCAGGCCUCCUUCCCAGCCCUGCCUUGGAGGUGGGGGGAGGGUCUGCAUUCAUAGAAUAUCUCCCUGUUGUCAGGAGCAGGAUACCAGAUCUGGAGUCUCGGCCCUGUUGAGGUAUGAAUUCAGGAGCUUGGCAGGAAGUCCUUGUAGAGAGGCAUGCUUAGGGGGAACUGGAAAUGUCUGUGGUCUCUGUCCACAACAGAGAAGCAUUGUGGGUGGAAUUCCCCAGCCCCAUGUGAUGUACAAGGCCCCUGUGGGUGCCUUCCCACCCCACACCUGCCCUUCUCUCUUCUCCCCAACUCUGUGUACUUCCUAGAUCAGAGUCUCUCAAACUGUUAAAAAUGCAAGGCUCAGGACCCAGCCUGCUCUAAUGACCCUGGGUGGGGCCAGCAGCCUGUCACACCAGCUGACCGGGAUGCUCUGAUGGAAAAAGCUGCCAGCCAGGAGCGGGGCUGGUGCCUGUGUCCUGCCUCAGCGGUGUCGGUACAGCCUCCCCAAGGCCAAGCUGGUGGAUGGAUUACUCUUCCACAUCUGCUUCCUGACCUUCCCAGCCCCUGCCUCAAAGGACACUUGGCUCUGCUCCUUCUCAGCAGCUGGAGCAGCAACUCCCAGAUAAAUUUCGGCACAUUGGGCCUGUAGGCUGCUCCAUCACCAAUGAACCCCAUGAACCCCAUGAAACCUGCCCUGCCCCCUGCGCCACACGGUGAUGGUUCAUUUGCAUAUGAGUCUGUGCCUUGGCAACAAAGUGCCACUCAGCCAGCCGGGUCCCUGUCCGUCGUCACUACUGUGUGGGGAGUUGGCAACGCAACACAGAGCCAGGUUUUGGGGAACCCCAUGGGCCCUGCAGGAAGCCCCCCUGGUGGCUCCAUGAUGCCUGGUGUGGCAGGUGGCAGCUCUGCCUUGACCUCCCCGCAGUGCCUGGGACAGCAGGCGUUUCCCGAAGGUGGUGCUAGCAAGGGCUACGUGCAGCAAGGCGUGUAUGGCCGCGGGGGAUACCCUGGGGGAUCCAGUUUCACCACUGGGUAUGCAGGUGGCCCUGGAGGCCUGGGCCUUCCCUCACAUGCUGCACGACCCUCGACAGACUUCACACAAGCUGCAGCCGCAGCUGCUAUGGCUGCUGCCGCGGCCACGGCCACAGCCACGGCCACAGCCACUGUAGCCGCCCUGCAAGAGAAACAGAGCCAAGAGCUAAGCCAAUAUGGAGCGAUGGGGACUGGACAGUCUUUUAACAGCCAGUUUCUGCAGCAUGGAGGUCCCCGAGGACCCAGUGUACCCCCUGGCAUGAACCCUUCUGGCAUGGGAGGAAUGAUGGGCCCUUCUGGCCUCUCCUCCAUGGCCAUGAACCCUACCCGGGCAGCAGGCAUGACACCCUUGUAUGCAGGACAGCGACUGCCUCAGCAUGGGUACCCUGGGCCUCCUCAGGCCCAGCCACUGCCUCGACAGGGGGUCAAGAGAGCCUAUUCAGAGGUGUACCCUGGGCAGCAGUAUCUGCAAGGAGGCCAGUAUGCAGCCAGCUCUGCCCAGUACGCUCCCGGCCCUGGGCAGCCUCCUGGCCCCGCCUCCUCUUACCCCGGACACAGGCUACCCCUGCAGCAGGGCAUGGCCCAGUCCCUGUCUGCACCUGGGCCUACGGGACUGCACUACAAGCCCACAGAGCAGUUCAACGGGCAGGGCGCCAGCUUCAACGGGGGCAGCAUCAGCUACAGCCAGCCUGGCUUGAGUGGGCCUUCCCGUUCCAUCCCUGGUUACCCCAGCUCCCCACUGCCGGGGAAUCCCACACCACCCAUGACGCCCAGCAGCAAUGUUCCCUACAUGUCCCCAAGCCAGGAAGUCAAGUCUCCUUUCCUGCCUGACCUCAAGCCAGGCCUCAGCUCUUUGCAUCCAUCCCCCUCUGGAAGCGGCCCUUGUGAUGAGCUGCGCCUGACCUUCCCAGUUCGAGAUGGAGUGGUCCUGGAACCCUUCCGCCUGCAGCAUAACCUGGCUGUGAGCAACCAUGUCUUCCAGCUCCGAGACUCCGUCUACAAGACCCUGAUGCUGAGGCCUGACCUGGAGCUGCAGUUCAAGUGCUACCAUCAUGAGGACCGGCAGAUGAACACCAACUGGCCAGCAUCCGUGCAGGUCAGCGUCAACGCCACACCCCUCAGCAUCGAGCGUGGAGACAACAAGACCUCGCACAAGCCCCUCUACCUGAAGCACGUGUGCCAGCCAGGUCGCAACACCAUCCAGAUCACCGUUACCGCCUGCUGCUGCUCCCACCUCUUCGUGCUGCAGCUGGUGCACCGUCCGUCCGUCCGCUCGGUGCUGCAGGGCCUCCUCAAGAAGCGCCUCCUGCCAGCCGAGCACUGCAUCACCAAGAUCAAGCGGAACUUCAGUAGCGGCACCAUCCCCGGCACCCCUGGGCCCAAUGGAGAGGAUGGGGUGGAGCAGACGGCUAUCAAGGUGUCCCUGAAGUGCCCCAUCACCUUCCGCAGGAUCCAGCUCCCAGCCCGCGGUCACGACUGUCGCCACAUACAGUGCUUUGACCUGGAGUCCUACUUACAGCUCAACUGUGAGCGGGGGACCUGGAGGUGCCCUGUGUGCAACAAGACGGCAUUGCUGGAGGGGCUAGAGGUGGACCAGUACAUGCUGGGCAUCCUGAUUUACAUUCAGAACUCAGACUAUGAGGAGAUCACCAUCGACCCCACGUGCAGCUGGAAGCCAGUACCUGUGAAGCCUGACCUCCACAUCAAGGAGGAGCCAGACGGGCCAGUGCUGAAGCGCUGCCGCACUGUGAGCCCUGCCCAUGUGCUCAUGCCCAGUGUGAUGGAGAUGAUUGCAGCCCUGGGCCCAGGCGCUGCCCCCUUUGCCCCUUUGCAGCCCCCCUCGGCCCCUGCCCCCAGCGACUACCCCAGCCAGGGUUCCAACUUCCUGGGGCCUGGAACCUUCCCAGAAUCCUUCCCAUCUGCUACACCCACCACCCCAAACCUUGCUGAGUUCACACAGGGGCCACCCCCCAUGUCCUACCAAUCUGACAUUCCCGGCAGCCUCCUGACUGCAGACAAGUCUGCUCCCUGCCUCCCAGGCCAGAUGGCACCAGCAGGCCACCUGGACCCAGCCCACAAUCCUGGACCACCAGGGCUGCACACCCCCAACCUCGGGCCCACCCCAGGCUCCCAGCUACACCAUCCAAAUCCUCCCCCUCCAUCCCGGCAGCCCCUGGGCCAAGCAAACACAGGGCCCAUCAGCGAACUGGCCUUCAAUCCUGCCACAGGCAUGAUGGGGCCUCCCAGUAUGACUGGGGCAGGGGAGGCCUCAGAACCAGCUCUGGAUCUGCUCCCAGAACUGACCAAUCCUGAUGAACUGCUCUCCUACCUGGGUCCACCCGACCUCCCCACAAACAGCAGUGAUGACCUGCUCUCGCUCUUUGAGAACAACUGACCCUGUGUUAACCCCUGGCCUGGCGAGGACACGCUCAUAGCUAUCACCACAGCCUUCCCUUCUCACCCAGCCCCACAGGACGCCUGGUGGUUCUCCCCGAAUCUCCUCAUGCACACACCCGGAGCUGGGGCCUGCCACUGCCAGCCCCUGACGAACUGGAAGCAGCCCUGUGCUCCAAGGGGCCCCAGGCCAGUGGUCCUCACACCCAUCCUCCAUCAAGCUCACUGCUACAGAAUGGUUCUUGCAAGGUGCCCUGCAGGCCCCAACAGCCAUGUGUGCACAACCCAGUACCCCAGACUCAUGGCCUUGCACUUGUCCUUCCCCUGCCUGCUCCCGCCCGGCCUGCAUCUUGUCCAGCACUGACCCUUCUGUUUCUGCUUCUCCUCAGAAGAGCUGGCUGGCAAGGCUGGCUCCCUACUCGGUCUGCAGCUCCAGUGGCUUCAGCCUGGAAGUCUCAGAACCACACUGAGCACCGGCCUUUGGGGGCCUGGUGCUCCCACCCAGCUGAAUGUGGUCCGGAGGUCCCCCUCCACCCUGAGCUUCAGGCAGAGGCUCGGGUGGGGGCAAUAAAGCACAACAAUGUACAUAGUGUAGAAAUGCUAACAGCUGGGAAAGGGAGGGACACUAUGAAGUCAGCAUGGUCCUCUGUGGACUGGCCUGGGCCUUCCGUGUGGUGUCUGCCCCGUACGAGUGCAGACGACUCGGGGAGGUUGGAGGUUCACCCCCCAGGGGUGGGCUUCCAGACUCAGCUCUGUGUAAAUUCUCCAGGGAGCUGCUCUCCCAAGUUCCUCUUUUCUGUGAAAGUAAAGAAUUAGUACAGCUGUGUUUUUUAAACCACCUCCCCUCCACCCUGCGGCCCACACCCAGGUGGGGGAGGCCAUUGCAUCUGCUGGCAAAGCGCCCGAGCCUGCAAGCAGGGCGCUGGCCUUUGUGUCUCCUGUCUGUGCCAUCAUUAAAGGACUCCCUCAUGGGC